AUGAGUGAUCGUAAUGAUGGUGAGAAGUUCCAACUUCAGAUUGUGAAACAUAUGGUGAGUUCUAGGGAAAAUGUUUUUUUUUUUUGAAAAUUCUAACAUUCAGAGAGUUGGUACAACUCAAAUUUCAUAAUUUUUCAGUCACCACCUGAACUACGAAAUGUUCUUCGCAAUUUUUUCCUACACCGCCAAGCCCUUCUGAUGCGUCAACAACGACAAGAACAAGUGGAACAACAUCAUUCUUCCGGUGGAAGAAAUUCAGCUGCUCGAAAUCAGGAAGCACCAAAGAAAAAUCAAGAUGAAAAAGCUCAGGAUAAGCAAUAA